AUGGAUGCACUGAUUAAAUAUCAUGAUAAAUAUGUUCAAACAUAUCUGGUAACUAUCUAUGAUAAGGCGCGGUACCACUCAUAUGAAGACAGUGCAGAAGCCAACCUUGAAGGCACUAGUAUUUGUCAAAAGGCUAUAGCUGAACGUCUUGCAUCAGCUGCAAUUUCUGACUGUGAUUUAUUAGAAUCUGGAAACAAAGAAGUUUUAAUGUGCCAAGUUGAACAAUUGCAAACACGUUUAGAUCAUGUACGUUCACAAAUGGCAGUUCUUGAGCUUAUGUUUGAACAAUCAGCUGCUCAAACUGACAAAUUAUAUUUAAUAUUGGGAAAAUAUGAAUCAAAUAUGAUUGCACUAAAGUUAGAGGUAGAAACAAGCGAAGAAAUAAUGAACUGCUAUUCAUCUUUAUUGUGCAUUUACGAUGGUUCAGCAAAUGAAGAUGAGAAAAUGAUGAAAGACGAAAUCAUAGAGUUAUUGCAUAAUUUAGAUGAAGAAAAGAAAAAAAUUGGAUCAACAGUAGUUGCUUUAGAAUCGUAUCAUUGCGAGGAAGAGACAAUCAAACCUAGAAGUCGUAAUCAAGUAACUCGCAUUGAUUUAGAAAUGGCAGUUCUUGUACAAGAAUUGAUGGGAAUACGAGAAGAAAAAAGUGAACUUCAAGAACGUUAUGUAGCAUUGCAAAAACAUAACUGCGAGUUAGAAAAACGUUUGGCCGAGUGUGAAGAACAGUCUAGAAUAGAUUUAGAUACUAUUCAAGCAUUAGAACGGCAGUUGUCAUCUGAAGAUUUUGAUAGUACUGCCGGUGUGAAUGUUAAGUUACAGAAACAGUUAAAAGAUGUUACAACAGCAUAUCAACUCGCAAUAAGAAAUUCUGACACUAGACACAAGCAAAAUAUUACAUUAAUUGAAAAACUCCGCAAUGAAAACACAAUACUUGAGCGUAAUUUGGAAAGGGCUAAACGUAAAUCCCAAUCGCGUUUAAAAAAAUUGGAGUCUGAAAUUGAAAUUAUGGUCAGCACACACACUCUUCAGGUGAACAAUUUAAAAGAGAGAAUUGCUGUCCUGGAAUCAACAAUUAUGAAUAAUGAGAUCAGUAAGAGAAACGAAACUACUUUAUGAACUUUGAACGAUCAAAGUUCAUUAGUCAUUAAUCAUAAUAUUAUUUGUGCG